GGCGGAGGAUGAUGAAGCAGAAGGGGGCGGAGAGAAGCGGAGGAAGAGGAUGACCAAUCAUGGCUUCCUCACAAGGAGGAGAGGUCGUCCCAGCCUGAGCUCCCGACUAGCACGGAGGGUGACCCAGCUGAAGCAGAAGGUUGUGGCCCAGAGAAGUGCACCGUCAGGGGGCAUGCAUUGCCGUAGACGGGACCCUAGACCUGGAGUCCAUGCAAACUGCAGAGAGAGUGACACAGGUAAAACACACACACACAGGCAUGCACACACACAAACACACACACGCACGUAAACCUUGUACCACAUACACUCCCUGACACUAACACACCCAUCUCUCCAUGUUCACCCAGCAGCCAAUACAUCCAGUACCCAGCAGGACUGGGCGCCCAAUCAGGGGGUGAGGAGGAGGAGGAGAGGUCGGCCAAAGGUCAAACUCUGCGGACCUUCGACCAGAGUCCUCCGCAGAGGAGGCGGGGCCUCUGUGGAGCAGGAAAUGAACGAGGGGAAGAGCAACAGUGAGAGCUCAGGCCAGGGUAAGAUACGUCUCAGUGGGAUGUUUCCCAGCUGUGUGUGUGUGUGUGUUAGAGAGUGAGAUGUCUCCCAGCUGUGUGUGUGUGUGUGUUAGAGAGUGAGAUGUCUUCCAUCACGGUGGCCUCCUCUCACUUCCCGGCUCGUCUGUCACACCAUUAAAACCGUUAACGGCUGCCCACUGGCAUGCGGCCCCCAAAACCACGCCGUAACGUGAACCCCAAUAUCGCCUCUUUUAGAAUGUCACACCCCUGUUGCCCCUCCUGCACCCCCUCAACCCAACCAGUAGAGACGCAAUGUCCCCCCUUCCCCAAUAAUCUCAAAUUAAAAUUUCAUAGAAAUGAAGUCAAUAACUUAUUGAAGUGGCCCUAUUGUGUAGGUCCUGUGUGUGUGUGUGUGUGUGUGUGUGUGUGUGAGAGAGAGUGUUGACGAGAACGCUGUGUAAAUGACAAGUGUGUCAGCGAUGUCUCGACACCCGACACGACCCCUGUAGUCAGCCACAUACAGCUGCCAAUAAAGAUCUGAUCUGUGUUUGUGUGUGAGUUUGUGUGUGUGUGUGCGUGCUUUCAUGCGUGUGUGCGUGAUUGAGUGUGUGUGCAUGCAUUUGUGUGUGUGUGGUGCUGAUGUUUGUCUGUGCAUGAGAAAGACAGGACCAUUGGGUUUCCUUGACCACAGUUAUUGAAAAGGCCAUGCAUUUCUGGAUGGCCAACUGACCAUAGGAGUGUGUUUUACAGUAUAUAUAUGUACUGUUUGUGUAGUGUCUUCACUGCCUAUCUGUGCUGUGUGAGUUUGUUGCCUAAAGGCUAAAGGCCACUGAGUUAUUUUACGAUAUAGCUGCUCUACACUGUCAUCCAAUGGAGCCUGAGAUUGAGAUGGUCGUGUCACAACUGAUCUCAAGACAAUUUCUAAUGGAUGUUAUUGAUCACUUGAUCCCACAGAGGAGGAAGAGGAGAUGCACUACGACAGCAACGAAGGAACCAAUGACGUGAAUACAAUGACACCAUCUUCCAAAGACACGCCAACAGACUCUGCUGCGAUUGGCCCAGCUGCUAAGCUUCAAGACAAUCAGAAAGCCAGGAGCAAGGAGGAGAGGCAAGGUGAUGAUGUGAGCAUGCCCAGUGUGGCGCUGAGGAGGAGAGGAGCCCCCUGCAGGCCGGGCCCUGUUACUGCAGAUGGGAGAUGCCCAGAGCUCCAGGAGCCACAGGGGGCUAGGAGAGAACCUGUACCCAGCUGGAGGGUCUCGUUAGUGGGCAACAGUCUCCAGGACAGCAGGGGGAUCCAGGGACCUGUGGUGGAGGCCAAGAGGAAGAGCUCAGGACAACAAAGCAUUCUGGGAAAGGUGAGGGGGGGAAUGGGAGGACCUGUGGGGGGGGGGGGGGGGGGGGGGGGGGGGUUCAGUCUCUAGGUUAAUCAAAAACAGCUUCCUCUGUUAAAAUCUCCCUCAACUACUUGAGACAGUUAAGAUGCACGUGUUACGGUGUCUCCCUAGCUACAUGGUGAUCAUGAUCAUUGUCUAUAAUGCUAACCUGUCCUGUGUGGUUGUUUCGAUCCCCGGGACCACCCAUACACAAAAAUGUAUGCACGCAUGACUGUAAGUCGCUUUGGAUAAAAGCGUCUGCUAAAUGGCAUAUUAUUAUUAUUAUUAUUCCAGAGGAGAGACUGCUGGCUGGAGACUGAGACCCAGAGAGAGGACACCACCAGGGGCAGGAGGAACAAGAAGAAGCAGGUGAGGAUGGGGGUCAGAAUGGGCAUGGUGGAGGGGGGAAGGAGGGAUAGGUGCAAACAGAAAGAGGCAGUGUGGAACAGGAAAUGGCAGUUGGUGGAGAGGUAGAAUCCUGAGUAGAAAGAACAGGUAGAGUACAGUAGAAGAGAGAGGUAGAGGAAUGAGGAGUUGGAGUGACUAAAGGGCAUUCAGAUCCGUGACAGUUGGAAAAGUGAUGAUGUUAGGCAGCUGGAAGAAUGAGGAGAAGCUACAGUGGGGAAAAAAAGUAUUUAGUCAGCCACCAAUUGUGCAAGUUCUCCCACUUAAAAAGAUGAGAGAGGCCUGUAAUUUUCAUCAUAGGUACACGUCAACUAUGACAGACAAAAUGAGAAAAAAUCACAUUGUAGGAUUUUUAAUGAAUUUAUUUGCAAAUUAUGGUGGAAAAUAAGUAUUUGGUCAAUAACAAAAGUUUCUCAAUACUUUGUUAUAUACCCUUUGUUGGCAAUGACACAGGUCAAACGUUUUCUGUAUGUCUUCACAAGGUUUUCACACACUGUUGCUGGUAUUUUGGCCCAUUCCUCCAUGCAGAUCUCCUCUAGAGCAGUGAUGUUUUGGGGCUGUCGCUGGGCAACACGGACUUUCAACUCCCUCCAAAGAUUUUCUAUGGGGUUGAGAUCUGGAGACUGGCUAGGCCACUCCAGGACCUUGAAAUGCUUCUUACGAAGCCACUCCUUCGUUGCCCGGGCGGUGUGUUUGGGAUCAUUGUCAUGCUGAAAGACCCAGCCACGUUUCAUCUUCAAUGCCCUUGCUGAUGGAAGGAGGUUUUCACUCAAAAUCUCACGAUACAUGGCCCCAUUCAUUCUUUCCUUUACACGGAUCAGUCGUCCUGGUCCCUUUGCAGAAAAACAGCCCCAAGGCAUGAUGUUUCCACCCCCAUGCUUCACAGUAGGUAUGGUGUUCUUUGGAUGCAACUCAGCAUUCUUUGUCCUCCAAACACGACGAGUUGAGUUUUUACCAAAAAGUUAUAUUUUGGUUUCAUCUGACCAUAUGACAUUCUCCCAAUCCUCUUCUGGAUCAUCCAAAUGCACUCUAGCAAACUUCAGACGGGCCUGGACAUGUACUGGCUUAAGCAGGGGGACACGUCUGGCACUGCAGGAUUUGAGUCCCUGGCGGCGUAGUGUGUUACUGAUGGUAGGCUUUGUUACUUUGGUCCCAGCUCUCUGCAGGUCAUUCACUAGGUCCCCCCGUGUGGUUCUGGGAUUUUUGCUCACCGUUCUUGUGAUCAUUUUGACCCCACGGGGUGAGAUCUUGCGUGGAGCCCCAGAUCGAGGGAGAUUAUCAGUGGUCUUGUAUGUCUUCCAUUUCCUAAUAAUUGCUCCCACAGUUGAUUUCUUCAAACCAAGCUGCUUACCUAUUGCAGAUUCAGUCUUCCCAGCCUGGUGCAGGUCUACAAUUUUGUUUCUGGUGUCCUUUGACAGCUCUUUGGUCUUGGCCAUAGUGGAGUUUGGAGUGUGACUGUUUGAGGUUGUGGACUGGUGUCUUUUCUACUGAUAACAAGUUCAAACAGGUGCCAUUAAUACAGGUAACGAGUGGAGGACAGAGGAGUCUCUUAAAGAAGAAGUUACAGGUCUGUGAGAGCCAGAAAUCUUGCUUGUUUGUAGGUGACCAAAUACUUAUUUUCCACCAUAUAAUUUGCAAAUAAAUUCAUUAAAAAUCCUACAAUGUGAUUUUCUGGAUUAUUUUUCUCAAUUUGUCUGUCAUAGUUGACGUGUACCUAUGAUGAAAAUUACAGGCCUCUCUCAUCUUUUUAAGUGGGAGAACCUGCACAAUUGGUGGCUGACUAAAUACUUUUUUUCCCCACUGUAUAUAUAACCUAACUGGAAAGGUAAUAGAAAUGUGCUUUUGGCGAGAUUCCUUGCCAGCACCCAUAAAAGUCUGAAGCUAUGGCGUGACCUAUCUUAUCAAAGGGUUUAUUAGCUAACUCUGCAUGGGCGGAUCAGUUUAAAACAACCGUGAUCAGCUGGUGAGAUAUACGGCCGUUGAAUAAGGCUGAUAGCAUGUGUGAGUUGCCUAAACAACAGUCUAAUGUGUUCUGGUGAGAACAGCCCUGAGGUGGGACUACAUUUACAUUACAUUUACGUCAUUUAGCAGACGCUCUUAUACAGAGCGACUUACAAAUAGGUGCAUUCACCUUAUAGCCAGUGGGAUCACCACUUUACAAUGUUUUUUUUUGUUUUUUUGUUUUUGGGUUGGGGUUUGGGUUGGGGUAAGGGGGGGGGGGGGGGGGGGGGUAGAAGGAUUACUUUAUCCUAUCCCAGGUAUUCCUUAAAGAGGUGGGGUUUCAAAUGUCUCCGGAAGGUGGUGUGUGACUCCGCUGUCCUGGCGUCGUGAGGGAGCUUGUUCCACCAUUGGGGUGCCAGAACAGCGAACAGUUUUGACUGGGCUGAGCGGGAACUAUGCUUCCGCAGAGGUAGGGGAGCCAGCAGGCCAGAGGUGGAUGAACGCAAUGCCCUCGUUUGGGUGUAGGGACUGAUCAGAGCCUGAAGGUACGGAGUGCCGUUCCCCUCACAGCUUCGUAGGCAAGCACCAUGGUCUUGUAGCAGAACACCAGUCUAAUGUGUUCUGGUGAGAACAGCCCUGAGGUGGGACUAAACACCAGUCUAAUGUGUUCUGGUGAUAACAGCCCUGAGGUGGGGCUAAACACCAGUCUAAUGGGUUCUGGGUUGAGAACAGCCCCUGAGGUGUGGACUAAACACCAGUCUAGUGUGUUCUGGUGAGAACAGCCCUGAGGUGGGACUAAACACCAGUCUAAUGUGUUCUGGGUGAGAACACCCUGAGGUGGGACUAAACACCAGUCUAAUGUGUUCUGGUGAGAAACAGCCCUGAGGUGGGACUAAACACCAGUCUAAUGUGUUCUGGUGAGAACCGCCCCGAGGGGGGAUAAAAAUCAGUCAGGUUUGGGGAUAACACCCUGGGUUUUAUAAAACCAGUCAAUGUGUUCUGGUGGAAAAACCCCCAGGGGGGACCAAAAAAAACCGUCUAGUGGGUUUUUGGUGAGAAAGCCCGAGGUGGGACUAAACACCAUCUAGUUGUUUUGCGGAAAGCCCUUUGGGGGAUAAAAAACCCCGCUAAAGGGUUUGGUGAGAACAGCCCGAGGUGGGACAAACACCAGUCUAGUGUGUUGUGGUGAGAACAACCCUGAGGUGGGACUAAACACCAGUCUAUUUGGUGUUCUGGUGAGAACACCCCUGAGGUGGGACUAAACACCAGUCUAAUGUGUUUGGUGAGAACAGCCCUGAGGUGGGAAAAAUUUUUUUUUAAAAACACCCCAAAAGGGUUUCUAAAAAAAUUGGUGUUUUCCCUGGGGAAAAAAAAGGGGGAAACCCGGGGGGGCCCCCGGGGGGGGGGGAAAAAAGGUGGGGAAAAAAAAAACCCAGUCUUGUUUUUGGGGGGGAAAAAGCCCUGGGGUGGGACUAAACACCAGCAAAUGUGUUUGUUAUUACAGCACUAAACACCAGAGUGGUUCUGGUGAGAACCCCCUGAGGGGGAUAAACCCAGUCUAGUGGUUUGGUAAAAAACCCCUGGGGGGGCUAAAACCAGUCUUGUUUUUGGGUGGAACAGCCUGAGGUGGGACAACCCCAGCUGGGUUUUUUGGGUGGAACACCGGGUGGGACUAAACCCCGUCUAGUGGUUUUGGGAAAAAACCCUGGGUGGGUAAACCCCAGUUUAUGGUUCUGGUGGAACACCCCGGGGUGGGAAAAACACCAGUUAUGUGUUUGGUGAGAACAGCCUGGGGUGGGACAAAACCCAGUCUUGUUUUGUGGGAAACAGCCUGGGGGGUAAACCCCAGCUAGUGUUUUUGGUGAAACAGCCCGGGUGGGAAAACCCCAGUCUAAGUGUUUUGGUGAAAAACCCCCCUGAGGGGGGGACCUAAACACCAGUCUAGUGUGUUGUGGUGAGAACAGCCCUGAGGUGGGACUAAACACCAGUCUAAUGUGUUCUGGUGAGAACAGCCCUGAGGUGGGGCUAAACACCAGUCUAAUGUGUUCUGGUGAGAACAGCCCUGAGGUGAGACUAAACACCAGUCUAUUGUGUUCUGGUGAGAACAGCUCUGAGGUGGGCCUAGACACCAGUCUAGUGUGUUCUGGUGAGAACAGCCCUGAGGUGGGACUACACACCAGUCUAAUGUGUUCUGGUGAGAACAGCCCUGAGGUGGGACUAAACACCAGUCUAGUGUGUUCUGGUGAGAACAGCCCUGAGGUGGGACUAAACACCAGUCUAAUGUGUUCUGGUGAGAACAGCCCUGAGGUGGGACUAAACACCAGUCUAAUGUGUUCUGGUGAGAACAGCCCUGAGGUGAGACAAAACACCAGUCUAGUGUGUUGUGGUGAGAACAGCCCUGAGGUGGGAUUUAAACACCAGUCUAAUGUGAAAUGCUUACUUACAGCACUAAACACCAGUCUAGUGUGUUCUGGUGAGAACAGCCCUGAGGUGGGACUAAACACCAGUCUAGUGUGUUCUGGUGAGAACAGCCCUGAGGUGGGCCUAAACACCAGUCUAGUGUGUUCUGGUGAGAACAGCCCUGAGGUGGGACUAGACACCAGUCUAGUGUGUUCUGGUGAGAACAGCCCUGAGGUGGGACUAAACACCAGUCUAGUGUGUUCUGGUGAGAACAGCCCUGAGGUGGGGCUAAACACCAGUCUAAUGUGUUCUGGUGAGAACAGCCCUAAGGUGGGACUAAACACCAGUCUAGUGUGUUCUGGUGAGAACAGCCCUGAGGUGGGACUAAACACCAGUCUAGUGUGUUCUGGUGAGAACAGCCCUGAGGUGGGACUAAACACCAGUCUAGUGUGUUCUGGUGAGAACAGCCCUGAGGUGGGGCUAAACACCAGUCUAAUGUGUUCUGGUGAGAACAGCCCUAAGGUGGGACUAAACACCAGUCUAGUGUGUUCUGGUGAGAACAGCCCUGAGGUGGGACUAAACACCAGUCUAGUGUGUUCUGGUGAGAACAGCCCUGAGGUGGGACUAAACACCAGUCUAGUGUGUUCUGGUGAGAACAGCCCUGAGGUGGGGCUAAACACCAGUCUAAUGUGUUCUGGUGAGAACAGCCCUGAGGUGGGGCUAAACACCAGUCUAGUGUGUUCUGGUGAGAACAGUCCUGAGGUGGGACUUAACACCAGUCUAGUGUGUUCCGGUGAGAACAGCCCUGAGGUGGAACUAAACACCAGUCUAAUGUGUUCUGGUGAUAACAGCCCUGAGGUGGGACUAAACACCAGUCUAAUGUGUUCUGGUGAGAACAGCCCUGAGGUGGGCCUAAACACCAGUCUAGUGUGUUCUGGUGAGAACAGCCCUGAGGUGGGACUAAACACCAGUCUAGGGUGUUCUGGUGAGAACAGCCCUGAGGUGGGACUAAACACCAGUCUAGUGUGUUCUGGUGAGAACAGCCCUGAGCUGGGACUAAACACCAGUCUAGUGUGUUCUAGUGAGAACAGCCCUGAGGUGGGACUAAACACCAGUCUAGUGUGUUCUGGUGAGAACAGCCCUGUGGUGGGACUAAACACAGAACAAAAACACAAAUCUAUACACACACACACUUACUAAACAAACACACGCACGCACACACCCAGAGAGGUGAGUAAUCUUCCAUACCCUCUGGUGACGAAACCUCUGUCACUGUAAUAUAUGGUCCCUUCAUGUGGAACACUCCCAUACACACACACUCUUUGGAAAGCCCAGAUACAGGCAGAAACCUGUCGAACAGGCUGAUUUUGCAGCUCCAUCAUCAGUCAUCAUUCAUCAUUAGGAAACCAGCUCAAACCAGAAUGGGACAGGAUCUGUUUGUGUGUGCGCUUUUUGAGGUCGGUUCAGUUUCAGUUAAAUUAUUUUAAAAAUAUAUAAUUUUUAAAAACAUUAAAUGCACUAUGCAUUAUGUGGGUUGAAUGCAGUAACAACACAGAAUACAACAAUUAAUAAAAGUUCCAUGAUGGUAGUGACUUCCCAUGACUGAUUAUCACUUAUUAACUAUUGUCAAGUACGUUAAGGAACGGGACGGACCAAGGUGCAGUGUGAACGGCGAACAUGUUUAUUAACUAAUAAACACGAGAAACAGUAACCAAAACAACAAACUUAACCGUGACGGUCCAAAGGCUAACACACAAACCUAAACAUGAACAUAACCAAAUCCCACAACGCAGGCAGGAAAACUGGCUGCCUAAGUAUGAUCCCCAAUCAUAGACAACGAGCGACAGCUGCCUCUGAUUGGGAACCACACCCGGCCAAACAUAACCUAGAACAUAACCUAGAAUAUAUUCACACCCUGACCAAACUAGCUAGAGUUCUAUAGGCCAGGGCGUGACAACCAUCAUUUAUUCACAUUACUUUACUUUAAUAAAAUAUAUCAGUUGUUGUCUAUAUUACGUUUGUUUUAUUUGAUGACUUUAUUAUUUUACUCCAAGUCAUCAUCUCAUCUCUAUAGAGCUGCUGCCUAUGCUGUCUGACAAAAUCACUAUUUUAGUAGUGCUUCAAAGUAAAUAUAACUGUUGAAUACCAACUAUCAAUCACUUAGAUCAUGUAUUUUCAGGUAGAGAUAGCUCGCGAAGCAACAGCUGCUCUCUAUAUCAGCUCACAUCACUCAUUCUUCUGUAGCAGGCGUAAAAGAAACACAGACCGGAGUAGAAGCACAAUGGAUUAUGGUCAUUGUAGUUAAUUACCACGUUUUCUGCGCAAAACUAUGUAGAAUAUUGGCCUGUUGGAAACUACAACUCCCUAGUACAUCGCACAGUUCAGGCUGGAUCUGAUUUAUCUCUAGAGAAACUGUGCAAUGUGCGCAUUUAGCAACAACAACAAAAACUACAUAUGAAAUUACAUUAAAAUAAUUGAACCUGCGUUGGGCAAUUAGUUGUAAAAAAAACACAAAAAAAGAAAAUGUCGGUUAAUCGCUCAGCACUAGUGUCUGUGUGUGUGCGUGCGUGCAUGUGUGCGUCGGUGAAGAGGUGUUUGUGUGUGUUGAAAGAAAGGGGUAGUUCUGACAGCGGUGUUACAGGGUGUGCAGGCUUUUGUUCUAGGCCUGCACUAGAUUCAUAAUUAGUGCUGCAAUGGAACAAAAGCAUGCACACCCUGUAGCUGUCCAGGACCUGGGAGGGUGACCACUAGUUUAGGAGUUUAAAUAGAUAUAUAUUCUAAUGAUGUCAUUUUCUGUUUCCUGUUGCAGGCUAAGGGGUGUGCAGUGAGCCGUCUUCUGGAGAGCUUUGCGGCUGAUGAAGGAUUCCGAUUGGACGAGGAGAGCAGCUUCUCAGAGGGAGAGGAGGAAGACAUGGAGCAUACACCUCACACACACAGAGAACCAGGUGAGAAUACACACACCACAGACUCACAGACUCACAGACUCACAGGGUUGCAUGACAGGCUAAAUUUUCAUAUUCUCUCUCUCUCCUUCUCCCUCCCUCUCUCUCUCUGCAGCACUGCUUAACUGUGUGCUGAGCAGGGAGAUGCUGGUGGAUGGUCUGAAGGUGUUGAUAUCGAAGGAGGAUGAGCUGCUGUAUGCUGCCCGACUACACACUCUGGACCUGCCUGACAUGUAAGGCACUGACACUUACUCACACCUAUUCAUAUGGCCUACUUAAUCACAGAGAGACAUUUGGCAAAUCUGACCAUAACUCUAUCCUCCUGAUUCCUGCUUAUAAGCAAAAACUGAAGCAGGAAGCACCAGUGAUUCGGCUAAUAAAAAAGUGGUCAGAUGACGCAGAUGCUAAGCUACAGGACUGUUUUGCUAGCACAGACUGGAACAUGUUCCGGGAUUCUUCAGACAGCAUUGAGGAGUACACCACAUCAGUCACUGGCUUCAUCAAUAAGUGCAUCGAUGAUGUCGUCCCCACAGUGACCGUACGUACAUACCCCAACCAGAAGCCAUGGAUUACAGGAAACAUCCGCACUGAGCUAAAGGGUAGAGCUGCCGCUUUCAAGGAACGGGACUCUAACCCGGACGCUUAUAAGAAAUCCCGCUAUGACCUCCGACGAACCAUCAAACAGGCAAAGAGUCAAUACAGGUCUAAGAUUGAAUCAUACUACACUGGCUCUGACGCUCGUCGGAUGUGGCAGGGCUUGAAAACUAUUACAGACUACAAAGGGAAGCACAGCCGCGAGCUGCCCAGUGACACAAGCCUACCAGACGAGCUAAACCACUUCUAUGCUCGCUUCGAGGCAAGCAACACUGAAGCAUGCAUGAGAGCACCAGCUGUUCCGGACGACUAUGUGAUCACGCUCUCCGUAGCCGAUGUGAGUAAGACUUUUAAGCAGGUCAACAUUCACAAGGCCGCAGGGCCAGACGGAUUACCAGGACGUGUACUCCGAGCAUGUGCUGACCAACUGGCAAGUGUCUUCACUGACAUUUUCAACAUGUCCCUGACUGAGUCUGUAAUACCAACAUGUUUCAAGCAGACCACCAUAGUCCCCGUGCCCAAGAACGCUAAGAUAACCUGCCUAAAUGACUACCGACCCGUGGCACUGACGUCUGUAGCCAUGAAGUGCUUUGAAAGACUGGUCAUGGCUCACAUCAACAGCAUAAUCCCAGAAACCCUAGACCCACUCCAAUUUGCAUACCGCCCCAACAGAUCCACAGAUGAUGCAAUCUCUAUCGCACUCCACACUGCCCUUUCCCACCUGGACAAGAGGAACACCUACGUGAGAAUGCUAUUCAUUGACUACAGCUCAGCAUUCAACACCAUAGUGCCCUCAAAGCUCAUCACUAAGCUAAGGAUCCUGGGAAUAAACACCUCCCUCUGCAACUGGAUCCUGGACUUCCUGACGGGCCGCCCCCAGGUGGUAAGGGUAGGUAACAACACAUCUGCCACACUGAUCCUCAACACGGGGGCCCCUCAGGGGUGCGUGCUCAGUCCCCUCCUGUACUCUCUGUUCACCCAUGACUGCAUGGCCAGGCACGACUCCAACACCAUCAUUAAGUUUGCCGACGACACAACAGUGGUAGGCCUGAUCACCGACAACGAUGAGACAGCCUAUAGGGAGGAGGUCAGUGAUCUGGCCGUGUGGUGCCAGGACAACAACCUCUCCCUCAACGUGACCAAGACAAAGGAGAUGAUUGUGGACUACAGGAAAAAAAAGAGGACUGAGCACGCCCCCAUUCUCAUCGACGGGGCUGUAGUGGAACAGGUUGAGAGCUUCAAGUUCCUUGGUGUCCACAUCACCAACGAACUAUCAUGGUCCAAACACACCAAGACAGUCGUGAAGAGGGCACGACAAAGCCUAUUCCCCCUCAGGAGACUAAAAAGAUUUGGCAUGGGUCCUCAGAUCCUCAAAAAAUUCUACAGCUGCACCAUCGAGAGCAUCCUGACUGGUUGCAUCACCGCCUGGUAUGGCAACUGCUUGGCCUCUGACCGCAAGGCACUACAGAGGGUAGUGCGUACGGCCCAGUACAUCACUGGGGCAAAGCUCCCUGCCAUCCAGGACCUCUAUACCAGGCGGUGUCAGAGGAAGGCCCUCAAAAUUGUCAAAGACUCCAGUCACCCUAGUCACAGACUGUUCUCUCUGCUACCGCACGGCAAGCGGUACCGGAGUGCCAAGUCUAGGUCCAAAAGACUUCUCAACAGCUUCUACCCCCAAGCCAUAAGACUCCUGAACAGCUAAUCAUGGCUACCCGGACUAUUUGCACUGCCCCCCCACCCCAUCCUUUUUACGCUGCUGCUACUCUGUUAAGUAUUUAUGCAUAGUCACUUUAACUCUACCCACAUGUACAUAUUACCUCAACUACCUCAACUAGCCGGUGCCCCCGCACAUUGACUAUGCAACGGUACCCCCCUGUAUAUAUAGCCUCCCUACUGUCACUUUAUUCUAUUGUAUAUAUAGCCUCCCUACUGUCACUUUAUUUUUUACUUCUGCUCUUUUUUUCUCAACACUUUUUUGUUGUUGUUUUAUUCUUACUUUUUUGUUUAAAAUAAAUGCACUGUUGGUUAAGGGCUGUAAGUAAGCAUUUCACUGUAAUGUCUGCACCUGUUGUAUUCGGCGCAUGUGACCAAUAAAAUUUGAUUUGAUUUGAUUUGAUUUGAUGCAAAGGACUGGCUGAAUGACUUGUAAUACAUUUAAUACAAUCUCUCUCUCUCUCUCUCUCCCUCCCUCCCUCCCUCCCUCCCUCCCUCCCUCUCCUAGAUUCCGUGUAGUGAUCGAGGGGGAGAGAGGGAACAGGCCUAGGAUCUACACUCUAGAACAGCUAUUACAAGAGGCGGUGUUGGACGUGCGGCCACAGACAGAGGCCAUCCUGACUGCUGGGAUGCGUGUGUGUGCCUACUGGAGCGAACGCUCCCGCUGCCUCUACCCUGGAAACGUCCGCAGAGGGGUUCCGGGCGAGGAUGAGAAGGGCAGUGUGAUGGUGGAGUUUGAUGAUGGAGAUAGAGGAAGGAUCUCCCUGCCCAACAUACGCCUGCUGCCCAGGGGGUACCAGAUA